GACUCUGACAGUCGAGAGCCAGAGACCGAGAGAGAAGCACGAUGUCUGAAUUCAGAAGGAUCAUGAUGUCUUCAUUCCUGAUGCUGCUGCUCCACUUUACAGCUGCAGAUGUGAAACAAUACUCCCGUAUUGUCAGAGUUGGAGAUGAAGUCACUUUGCCUUUUGACAAUGUGAUACAUGAUCAGGAUACGUGUGAGUAUACUACCUGGUACUUCAGUGAUUCAAGAAGCUCAGUGACGCUGUUUGAAUACGGACGGAUUCACAAAGAAGCCAAAGCUAAAUCAGACAGACUGAGAGUUACAGAGAAAUGUUCUCUGGUUAUAAAGAAGGUCACAGAGGAGGAUGUUGGUUUUUACUCCUGCAGACAGUUCAGAUCAGGAGAACGACAAGGUCAAGACUCUCAUGUUUAUCUGUCUGUUGUUACCAUGACUGAACAUCAGGACAAUGAUGAGGUGACGUUACACUGCUCUGUGAAGAGAUAUGGAGGGUGUAGACACCCAGUGAAGUGGCUGCUUCAGGGUCAAGACGUGGAUAAAGAUCACAGAGAUAUAAAGACAUCACAGUCUCUCUGCUCUGCCUCUGUGACAUUUCUGACUUCUCUUUUUAGUAACACACCAAGGUCUGAGUUGUUUACUUGUGAAGUAACUGAUGAGAACACAAGAGAAGAACAUCAGUUUCCUUUCAGCCCUCAGUCCUCAGGUGAGGAUGCAGGGAAGGGGACUGCAGUGUCAACAACAUGGACAACAGUGAAGAUGAGAGCAGCCGGAGAGACGACCAACACUACAUCUGAAAACAAUCAAACAGAACAAGAAGACAACAAUAAAGGUUGGUGGUGGUGGAUCAUCGUUGUGAUAGUGGGUGUUGCAGCACUCACAAUAAUCACUGUGGCUGUCAUCAGACGGAAGAGGACUCAAGGGAAUGAAACGCAGACGGAUGACAACGUGACUGAUCCUGAAGAUGGUGUUCCAUACGCCUCCAUCAGCUACACCAGGAAGAGCAGCAGGAAAGCCAGGGCUCACCUUCAUGAUGAUGAUGAUGAAGAUGAUACAGUGACCUACAGCACUGUGGGAGCUCCCUCCUCUUCCUCUGCUGCCUCCGCUGAUCCCAGCCUCCUCUACGCCACCGUCAACUAACCAAGAAAGAAACCGAUGUAAUGUUUAAAUCAAUAGCAUGAUCACUUGGAUCAAAGAUUUAGAGUUUAAGGGCACAGCUAGCAGAGUUUAAUCAGAUUUAUAUUAACCUUGUUUUUGCUUUUUUGGCUUAAAUGCAUCAAAGUGAGAGUACAGCAGCAGCCUUAUGAAAACAUGUGAGUCCCUCUAGAGGUGGAUUGUGAAAAAGGUUCAGACAUGUUGGAGAUUUACUGUAUUCUGAAUAAUUAGAGCAUGGGCAACAUGAUUUAAAAAAAAUUAAUUCUUGCUUGGUUUAAUGAACCGUUGUUUAGUUAUAUCAUUUAAUGAAGUAUUGCAUUUUCUUUAGUAUAUUUGAUUGUGUUGUAUUUUACCAAAUGAAGUUACCUAAUAGCCUUACCAGACUGCAGAUGUAUUUCCUUGUAACACCUUUUCAGUUAAAUAUGUUUAGCUUUGUUUGGAGUUCUCAGGUGAAAAUAAACUCUUUUAAAGGA